AUGUCCGCACUCAAAUUAGCCGUCCCAGAAGUUCCAAAAGCUCCUGAACUCAUUCCAGUUUUCACUUUCAAUCUUAAAUUGGCAUCUGAUCCAGCAUCCAUUUAUGUCAACAAUGAAAGUGACAAAACAUUGAACUUGGCUACAAUUGCUAACGGUGAAGUUAAAACUGUUCCAAACAAGUUGGGUCUCGAAUUGGACAUCCAUUCAAUUUAUGGUACUGACGAUUUGAACAUUAAAAAUUCCGUUUCAACUGCAUCAUUAGAUUGCAAAUUAUACGGGAAGACAGCUAAUGGCAGCGGUGUUUUCAUCUACUACCCAGGUAAAGUCCAAUUGGAUGAAACUUCUGUCUCUGUUUUCACAAAGAAAACCAAAGAAGCUGCAAUUGAAGAUAGUUAUGUUACCUGUAACCCAACUUUCUAUUUCGAUGAUAAAGUUGAAGACAAAUACAAAUGGGUUUUGAAGGAAAACUUCUUUGCUAGAGGAAGAUUCGGUAGAGAUGAAGACGACGUUUUGUAUGUCCAAUACUACGUUUACGUUGUUCGUUAG